UUUGCAAGUCACUUCUUUAUGGGAGGCGAAAAGUUUGACACCCCUCAUCCUGAGGGCUACCUUUUUGGCGAGAACAUGGAUUUAAACUUCCUUGGCAAUAGACCUGUUCAGUUUCCCUAUGUAACUCCAGCUCCACAUGAGCCAGUGAAGACACUGAGAAGUUUGGUCAAUAUUCGCAAAGAUUCUCUCCGACUUGUAAGGUAUAAAGAUGAUGUUGACAGUCCUACAGAGGAGAAUGGGAAGCAGAAAGUCCUGUACAGCCUGGAGUUCACAUUCGACGCAGAUGCCCGUGUUGCCAUCACAAUCUACUGCCAGGCUACGGAAGAGUUUGUUGGUGGCAUGGCAGUAUACAGCACAAAGAAUCCCUCUCUGCAAUCGGAAACGGUUCAUUACAAGAGAGGGGUAAGCCAGCAAUUCUCCUUGCCUUCCUUCAAGAUUGAUUUCUCAGACUGGAAGGAUGACGAGCUGAACUUCGACUUGGAUCGUGGCGUGUUCCCUGUGGUCAUCCGAGCGGUGGUGGAUGAAGGGGACGUGGUGGUUGAGGUGACAGGUCAUGCCCAUGUUCUUCUGGCUGCAUUUGAAAAGCAUGUUGAUGGCAGUUUUUCCGUGAAACCGUUAAAACAGAAGCAGAUCGUUGACCGGGUGAGCUAUCUGCUUCAGGAGAUCUAUGGCAUCGAGAACAAAAACAACCAAGAGACCAAGCCUUCAGACGACGAGAACAGCGACAACAGCAACGAGUGCGUGGUUUGCCUGUCUGACCUCCGUGACACCCUCAUUCUGCCCUGCCGGCACCUCUGCCUGUGCAAUUCCUGCGCUGACACCCUGCGCUACCAGGCCAACAACUGCCCCAUCUGCAGGCUGCCCUUCCGGGCCCUGCUGCAGAUCCGGGCCGUGAGGAAGAAGCCAGGGGCUCUGUCGCCGGUGUCGUUCAGCCCUGUCUUGGCACAGAGUGUGGACCACGAUGAGCACUCUUGUCCCUUUAAGCCCCUUAAAGUGAGCACUGUCUCCCUGCCCGGCAGGAAACCUAAAAGGGAAACAAGCUCUGACAACAUCCCUCCAGGCUACGAGCCCAUUUCCUUGCUGGAAGCACUGAAUGGCCUUCGCUCUGUCUCACCCUCCAUCCCGUCAGCUCCCCUGUACGACGAAAUCAACUACUCUGGCGUGGUGGACGGGAUGCCGCCUGCGAGCCGACCAGCGGUGGAAAGCAGCCACCAAAAGGGCAAGCGGAGCAAGUCUCCAGAUAGCACACUACGGUCUCCCUCAUCCCCCAUCCAUGAGGAGGAUGAAGAGAAGCUCUCCGAGGACUCUGACUCGCAGCCGGCCCUGAGUGGGGGUGAGCUGGUCCUGAGAGAGACCGGCUCUCCAGAAAGUGUGGCAGGGGAAGAGAUCGAGGAGGCCUCGUCCCUGCAGCAGGGUAGCCGCCCACCCUCGGUUGAAGAUGUCCUGCAGGACGGCAGCUGCAGCGAGCACAGGAGCCUGACGCAGUCAGAGACCGACCCUCCGGUAGACGUCUACCUGCCAGCACUGGGUCCUGAUUCCUGCUCUAUUGGUAUAGAGGAGUAA